AUGCCGGACGAGUCUAAGGGGAAGAGCUUCCCCGACGUCUCGGCGAAACUCUCCGCGCUUCCAAAGAAAUCACUUUUUGAGCGUCAAAAAGCUGAAGCGGAGGCUAAACGCGCCCGGGAGAAAGCAGAAACAGCUGCAGUCUAUGAAGAAUUUGUCAGAUCUUUUGAAGACGAGGAUCCAGUUGUACCACAGUCCUUGGAUGGAGGGUCGAAUACAACUAGAGGCAGGGGUGGUGGUCCCCUCAGGCGUCAUUUCGCAGCUCCCUCUUCGCGCGGCAGUGGCCAUGGACCCUUAGGCCCCCCGCCGCCCUCACUUUCACACAAACGUUCCCACGAAACCUUUCUUCCCUCUCGUCGCGACCAUCUCAAAUUCGAAAACAUGCUUACGCCAUCUGAAGCCGAUCGAGCACUUGACGAGGAGGAGAGAGCGGCUCCCAAACCCACCUUGUACCUCGCAUCGCUUCCUCCUGGGACAUCUCCGUCGGUUAUCAAGGCCUUGAUCCCUUCAACCCUGACCGUCGACAAUGUCAAGAUCAUCACACCACCUGGACAAUUGCCAACCCACCGGGAGUCCUCUUCUGCACUCGUCACCCUCACAAGCGACUCAGCCGCCUCUCAUAUCGAAACAGCCGUGAGUACGCUGCAGAACAAAUACCUCGGCUGGGGGUACUACCUGACCCUCUGUCGACACCUUUCUUCUACUGCGAUCAAUCCAAACAUGCCUUUGCCAAUCGGCCUCUCAUCGACUACUACUUCUCUUCCGUUUAGUGCCAAGCCUACUCCACAGAGCUCCGGCACAAGCUUGAGUCGAGCUCCACCACCAGGAUCACAUCGCGGUGGGAUCGCACCCCCAAGCUCGUAUGGAUCAAACGUUGGUCAGAACGGCCCUACCACUCGGGUCCAGGUGGAGCUACCAACAGACAUAAGAGUGUUGAGGCAGAUACACAAGACUAUUGAGCAACUUGUAAAACAGGGUCCUGGCUUCGAGGCCUUGUUGAUGAGUCGGCCCGAAGUCCAGAUGGACGAAAAGUGGGCCUGGUUGUUCGAUUCAAGGUCGCCUGGUGGUGUAUACUACCGGUGGAAACUAUGGCAAAUAAUCACAGAUCCUAAGAAAAAGAACAUUGAAAAGCCGGCUAUGAUCUUUGAGGGUGGUCCGACCUGGUUACCCCCAAAACAGCAUCUCAAGUUUGAAAACGUUACUCGCUUGGACCAAUUCGUGUCACACCCCGACUACGACUCAUCUGACGAAGAAAAUUCGGAUGGAGAAGAUGAAAGACGGAAUUUUGGUGGAGCACCGGACGGAACCAACACACGCGGCGAUGAACUUAACUUCUUGAACCCCUUGAAGAUGGCCAAACUCACUCAUCUUCUUGCACGACUUCCAACGACCCAUUCAAAGCUCCGUCGAGGAGAUGUUGUGCGAGUCACAGCAUUCGCAAUCGAUCAUGCGGCAGUAGGGGCAUCCGAGGUUGUGGACAUGGCUAUUCGAAACGUUCUCCGGCCACUCGCUUACACCGGAGCCAACCCAAAUCGGGAAUUGGAAAAAAGUGUUGCGAGACUUGCGAUCACAGAUAACGACAAUCCAACCCCAUCCGUUGAACCAUUGGAUAUGUCCUCUGCGAAGCUAGUCGGUCUUUACAUAAUCUCUGAUAUUCUCUCGUCUUCGGCAACGAGUGGCGUCCGCCAUGUAUGGCGAUACCGCCAGCUGUUUGAAAACGCUCUCCGCUCGCGGAAGGUGUUUGAGCACCUUGGCCGACUGGAUAAGGACCUGAAAUGGGGACGACUGAAAGCAGAGAAGUGGAAGCGCAGCGUUGGCUCCCUUUUACAUCUGUGGGAAGGGUGGUGUUGCUUUACGCAAUUGAACCAGGAACAUUUCACCCAAGUAUUUGAGAACCCACCGCUCACAGAAGCAGAAUUACAGAAGCAGAAGGAGAUGGAAAAGGCCCAGGCAGAUCAGACUGCUGUUGCAUUUGCCAAAAGCAAAAGUCGAUGGAAGACAGUUGAUGAUGAGCGAGGUGGAAAGUUUGACCCUGCUCGCUCUGUGAAUGAGGACAAGCUAUCUACCCCUAUUGAUGCAGUGGAUGAAUCAGUGAAUGGAAAGGAUGGAACUGCAAUGGAAAUUCGUGACUUGAAGAAUGUUGAUGGGGAGACCAUGCUUAAGACGCCGCCAUUGGGCGAUGAAGAUACCCAAACCGAGAUACUCCAGCUACCUCAGCACCCAACUCAAUCUGACAAAUCCGAAAAAUCCGCUGGGCAGCAGGAGCCAGAAACACGACGACGAAAGCCACGACCCAAAGCUGAAGAUAUGUUUGCUUCGGACUCGGAGUAA